AUGACUCACAUUCCAUACACUAGUGCGGUUGGAAGUGUGAUGUAUGCCAUGGUGUGUUCAAGACCAGAUAUAGCUCAUGCGGUGAGUAUGGUUAGUCGGUAUAUGUCAAGACCGGGAAAGGUCCAUUGGGAAGCCGUGAAGUGGUUGUUGAGGUACUUGAAGGGUACCUCAAACUUUUGGCUUGAGUUUGGUAGAAAUGCAAACGGACUUGAAGGCUUUUGUGAUUCGGAUUAUGGAGGUGAUUUGGAUGACCGAAAAUCUACUUCUGGCUAUGUCUUUACUUUGGGUGGUACGGCCGUGAGUUGGAAAUCAACGCUACAAGAUGUUGUAGCUCUUUCAACUACGAAGGUCGAGUUUAUGGCCAUUACCGAAGCAUUCAAAGAAGCAAAGUGGCUCAAGGGUCUUGUGGGAGAGUUUAGUCCAUGUUCAAGCUUGGUGUCCGUGUUUUGUGAUAGUCAAAGUGCCAUACAUUUGGCUAAGAAUCAAAACACAUUCUACAAGAGAACCAAGCACAUUGACAUCAAGUACAACUUUGUUCGAGAUGUGAUAGCUAAGAAAGAAUUGCUCUUGAAGAAGAUUGGUACCAAGGAGAAUCCCGCCGACAUGUUGACAAAGCCUUUGCCGACAACUAAGUUCACUUUGUGUGUGGACUUAGUUGGUCUUUCUCCAUGGUCGAUGUAA